AGAAAGCCACUAAUAAAUUAAAAUAGUAAAUAGACAUGAACAAUCUUAAAAGUCAAUAGCCACACAAUAUCGUAACACAUCCAUGCACUAUACCCAAAAAAAUCCCUAACAACAACUUCCGGCACAAAAAAAAACAAUCGAAAAAUAAACCCCAAAAAAACAUCGAUAGCCGCACAUCACUAACCGCACCACAGAAUUUACAAACAAAACCAACAAAUUACAUUACACAUAAGCGGCAUUCUUUUCAUUCAAACAACAGUUCGCGCCAAGAUAUGUCGAUAAUAUGUUCGCUUUAAUCAACAUUUUUCUCCUCACUAGAGUUCUUGUCUCUAGCAACUAUCUCGAAGCGGAAUCGAACUUCCAAAAACCGAAAUUGGAGCGUAAUAAUAUCGUGAACAAGGGAGUCUGGGUUCGGAAUAAGUUUAAAGAGAAUCUGUUUGAGAAAGGGAGGGUGGGUGACUUUAUAUUUCGAGAGAAUUCGUUGGAUGUGGAUAAUUUAUUGCAAAACAAUUUUGAUGCGUUCGGGGCGAAUUAUAUGCAGGACUCUCCGCUUGUUUCUGCUUACGUUGAAAGGACCAAAAGAGCGUCUCGUGUCGUACGAGAACAGCGUCCUAGAAAGAGUAUAAUAAAAACCUGCACCGGAAGAAAUUGUAAAAGCAAACCCAUUAAUCUUGACAAUCAAUCAGGGACCGUCGAUGUCGUCAAAUCCAAAAUACUGAACGAACUCAGACCUACUUCCGUUUUCAACGAUUACCCUUACGAAGUAGCUAUCUUACUGAAUAAUAACAAAAGCGAACUAGAUUUAACUAAAAAUGACACUUCUGUCUAUCAAAAUGAUGACGCCAAUGCUAUAGUUAACCAAACAGGUGACCAAAUCCAAGAUGCUGUAUUCACAAUGGAAAAUGAGAACAAAGAAAACAACACAGUCACAAGAAACAUUAUAUCUCCUAAACGUAGCAUGAAAUAUGAUUUCGAAACGGAAAUUAUCAAGAAAUUUGAGAUCACCGAAGAUUUGAAUAGAACGGACCAGGAUAAUCAGGAAUUAAACUCAAGUGUUAAAGUUAACGAUAGGAAUAUAUUUGACAAAGAUAAUACUGUAUGGCAUCAGAAUGCACCGAUGCCAGAUGUUAAUGUGUACAAAGUUGUACCCAAAGAGCCGCAAAAGAGUAAACCAGUCACAGAAAGAGGUCUAAUAAAAGUAAUCUCGAUGUUGACAAAGACCUUCAAAAAGAUUAUAAGACAGCAUCACGAAAUCAAAGAUAUACAUAACAGAAUUAAUGACAUAAAUGACGAAUUUGGUAAAAGUGCAGCGACAAUAACAAGCAAAUUCCAAGAUUUCGACGUCAAAUAUUUGUAUUUACUAAAAUUCCAUGAGAAAUUAAAAGUAUUCGACGCCAAAAUGGCUGCCAAAGAAGAGUUCUUCAAAAACAAAGAAAUGGAAAUGGCUAGAAACUUUAAAGAGUUCGAAAAUCAGCAGAAGAAAUUCUUGCAACAGCAACGUCAGUUUUACAAUAUACAGAAACUGAUGCUAGCUCAAAACGAAAAGAUUAAUCUGAAACAAAAUUUGAUCGCUAAAACUCAAAGUGAAAUAUCACACCGUCAGAACAACUUUGCGAGAAUAUUAAAGAAGGCAAAACAAUUAUACAUAGACAGUAGAAACCCAACGAUAACUAAACUCAGUUCAAGUUUAAGUAAAAUGAACAAACCGACAACGAAAGUUGAACCGAAGUUAACGACUACAAAUCCAUCGUCAACAACAACCGAAUCAGUUAAAAUUAACCUCUUCUCCAUCCCAACAUCAAACAAAAUAGAAAAUCAAGAUGACUUAAUUAUCAAAGAAAAAGAUGAACAAACGAUCGACGAUUUGGUUUAUAAAUAUUACUUCAAUAAUACCUUCAUUGAUAAUCUAAUGAAGAAUAAUGUUCUAAACAGUUUCAUGGCACCUUCUGAAAACACUGGUCAUUCGCGUAACGUUAAGAAUAAAAGGAAUGAAUUGGAAACUACUAUUCUACUACCUGUUUUCGAUUCUAAUGACUCUGAAGCUUUUGUUAGUAAAGACAGAGAAAGGAGAUGGAUCAACCAUCAUUCGAAACAUAAGAGCAAGAGGAGAGAUCGCGGUAAAGGAGCAAUAGCCGCGAUAGUCAACGCUACCGAUGCUAAACAUUCUAAAAAACAAACUAAUAAUGUUCCCGUUGUAAAUGAAGUUCCGAAAGAUGCACCUAAAGAAAUCAAAAUGAAGAACGAUCCUUUUUUAACUAUGGCGACGAAUUUCUGCAUUGAAAUUAAACAGAAUUUGAAUGCGCAAAUGCUGAGGUGGUGCGUGGAAAAGGCUUUGAGAAGAUUACAAUUUCUGGACAUUAAAAACUUUCCAAACUCGCCAUCUUUGGAGAUACCAACGACAACGCCUCAAGCGAAACCUCUAAAUAUACCGCUAAAUACGAAAUUAAAUGUAUUGGGAACGCAAUACACUGGAUUGAGUACGACACCCAAUGGUGCGAUGGCUGGAACAUCAUCUACUGUAGCUAGUGGUCAAGUGGCUGAAACUACAGGCUCAUCGUCGACUACGCAGACGCCUUCACCAGCAACCAUAGCGGAAGCAAAAACAACAUCUGUGCCACCGUCAUCCACCGUCAAAGCCUUCUUUCCUGGUAAUGAGGAACUAGAAUCAAAUUUGAAACAGUUCGAUUUGAAACCAGACAUCGAAGGAAACUUUUACUACGAGGGAAGCGUACAUGCCAGUGAAAUAUUUGACAGCGAAAGCCAAGGGAUCGAUGAUAUUAUACCGGGACUUGAGAGCAACUCACGGGUCGACAUGGAUCCCCUUGCCUUUGACCUCCAAGCUAAACGAAGGGCCUUUGUAAGAAAGUAAGUAAGACUUUACGCUCUUUUCGUUCACGGGUGCUCAGGGUGUUGUUUUUUUUAUAAGGUCAGGAUUUUUUUGGUUGAGGU